AUGGGUCGCAGUACAGGAUUUCGACCAAGCGCGCAUCAGUGGGCCAUCAUGGCGAUGCUGUCUGUCAUCUCCCUUAUGGUCGCUCUGGAUGCAACUAUUAUCGUGACUUGCCUUAAUGCAAUGAUACACGACUUGAACAGUACAAGUACCGAAGGCUUCUGGAUUGGGACAUCAUACCUACUCUCGAGUGCUGUGACAAUGCCAUUCACAGCUUCUCUGAGCGACACAUUCGGACGACGACCAAGCCUGAUUGCUGCACUGCUAUUCUUCACCGGUGGCACUCUUUUCUGCAGCUUGGCCCCUAAAAUAUCUGUUAUGCUGGCAGGUCGUUGCCUGCAAGGCAUUGGAGGUGGUGGCAUAAUGGUAAUUACCACUAUGCUGUUUACUGACCUCCUAGAGCUCCGCGACCGUGCCAAAUACUACGGAUUGGUUCUCGCCGCUUGGGCAAUAGGCAAUUGCAUUGGUCCAAUACUAGGUGGUCUCUUUGUAGACAAAACGUCAUGGCGUUGGGCAUUUCACGUGAUGUAUCCUUUCUGCGGAAUCGGCCUCCUGAGCAUCCCUUGGCUGCUCACGUUUCACACACCUCCAGGCAGUCUGAAAGCAAAAGCCAGCACGGUCGACUGGCUCGGAGCGAUACUUUUCGUUUCAGCUGCGACUCUCCUGCUUGUUGGGCUAUCCUGUGCCGGCACCGUAUACCCGUGGGAUGCACCGUUGACGAUCGUGCUUCUAUGCCUGGGGAUGCUGGGACUUGUUGGUACUUUUGUUUGGGAACGCUAUUAUUGCGCCGCGCCAUUCAUGAAACAUACCCUCUUCCAAACUUAUAGCCAGGUGGCUGCCAAUAUCUGCGGAGUUCUUCAGGGAACGAUUAUAUUUGGACAACUUUAUUAUGUUCCACUAUACUUCUUGGUUAUUAGGGGCUUCUCACCCUUGAACACCGGCGUCUGUCUUCUCCCAGUGACCUUCACCCUGGCGCCUACGUCGAUCUUAGUCGGGAGACUCAUUUCGCAGAUGAAGGAAUACAGAACCUUCAUCUGGUGUGGAUGGGCAACGACAGCUGUUGGAUCAGGUCUCCUAGUCCUGUGGAACUCAGAAACAUCGACUGCUCAAUGGGCCUUGACGCUGACUGUUUUAGGGGUCGGGCAUGGAGCCGUUCUGAACUCUCAAGGCUUCGCAUCCCAAGCGUUGUGCAGACAUGGCGAAGAAGGCGCGGCAGCUGGUAUGUAUGCGUUCCUUCGGCAGUUUGGGAUGGCUCUUGGUGUAGGCAUCGGUGGAUCCGUCUUUCAGAAUUCGAUGGCUAGCGAACUAUCUUCAGAAGGACUACCGACUCAGCUAGCGAACGACAUCAGUGCAGCCGAAGCCUUCCUUGCAGACUCACCACGGGGCAACGCUGUGGUCUCUUCAAUAUUUGGAAGCCUUCUGUACGGCUUCCGAUAUGUCAAUAUCCUCUAUACUACCCUUUCACUUCUUGCCUUCUGUAUCAGCGUUCCAAUCCAAAAGGGCGAUAUGGACAAGGGCAUCAAUACAGAGCACUCAUUGCAGGACUUGCGACCAUCUAUAAGUCACCCGUGGAGCCGUUCGCGGUACCAGAGCUUGCAACAUUCCGCCGAGGCGCUGGCAGCGGCACGUGUUAAUCUCAAUUCCACGCAAAGUCCUACCACCCCUCGCCGACUCGCAAAACGAAGCAUCCGCCAUCCUUACUUGGAGAUUCCGUAUUGUGAAUCCCCGGGCCCGGUCUAUCCAGCAGUCAGCCAAAUUGACUCAUACCACCCGAUGCCUACUCCCGUCUCGUCCCCCGAGUUAUAUCUUGCCUCGAGACAGCCUGUGGAUCAUCUGAGCCCGAGUUCUCAACCAGCCAAUAGCGGUAGCGGCCGACUUCCCAUUAUCGAGGAAAGCAAACGCGAAGCUAUUAUACCACAAAGAACCACUAUUCAGUAUUGGAUCUAACGACUAUCGUGGGUUUCGGUCCAAUGCGGGGAGGAUGUUUAACCGUAGUCCAUCGACUCGUCAUAUCUUGUAGUGGUUUACCGGACAGCUCCACCAGUGGUCGACGGAGAUCAUCAGCGUUGUCAGGCAACUCCGACAACAUGCAAUUGCCCUUGUCAGUUGGCGAUACCAUUUGUGAUUUAGAUUUCUCAAGGACUUCUUCGCUGGGCACGGUACUAGGAUGGUAGUAAUAAUGGUGGUAGUAAUGGUGAACAUGGAUAACUCCUGUAGUUGUGGAUAGUUGACAACGUCGGUAAAUGUCAUCAAUCCCAUCGUAGUUAGGUCCCUUGGGG